CCCGCGGCGAGAAGUAAACAAAAUAGCAACAGAGCGUUGCCCGCUGGAGGUUUGGGGUGGCUCAGGGGGUGGUUUCUCUCGCGGACUCUCGCUCUCUUUCGAGUGCCAGUGCACGAGUGUGGGUGUCUGCAUCCUUUGGCGGCAGGCUGGCAAUUGGGAAAACGGAAAAGCCGAAUCAGUCUACAGAAAACGCGUACGUGGUGCAGAAGUAGCCGCGGGUGGCUACCACAGCGUCGUUUUGGACUUGUCGGCAUGAUCAAAUAAGUGUAACGCCCUGUACAAGUUCUUAAUAUCAUCCAAAAUGGCUGCAUCCAUAUAUGCCACCCCACCGCCAGAUCUGAGCAGCGAGGACACUGCUCUCUCCGAUGUCUCCAACUCAUCGACACUCAACACAAACAGGAACAGCAACAGCAACAGCAACAACAACAACCACAACAGCCACACGACCAGCGGCAGCAACAGCAACGGCAACAGCAGCAAUCCACAUGAAGCCACAGGAGCAACACCCACAGCCACAUCCAGAACGGGAGCACAAGGAGGAGGAGUCACUUCACCCACGGCCCACAUGGUUAAGGCAAUGGAGCUGCAACUGGAGCCCAAGCCAGCGGGAAGCGGCACAAAUGAGGCGGACCAAUUGGAGGAGGGGCGCAAGGAUGCGCUGGAGGAGGAGGAGGAGGAGCAGGAGCAAGAACAGGAGGAGGAGCACGGCGAUGCCAACAUGGCCACAAUGGCGGCAGCCAUGCAGCUGCAGCUUCUGGAGGCCCUAAGCGAUGCGGCCAAGAAGCGGCGCAAGCAGCACAAUCCCAGUCGCUUGGAGGCCCUCAAUUUGAGUGGCGAGCCCACUGGUGAAGUGGCACUGGGCCAGAGGAGAGCCGACUCCUCCACCGUGGACUACGACGACAAGCUGUCCAAGAUGUUCCUACCAAAGUCCAUUGAGCAGCUGAAGGAGACCUUCGAAUUGCUGCAGCAGCAAACGCAAGAGACGGAUCAACGGCAACAGCACGAACCGGAAGCGGAAAUGGAAACGGAAACGGAAGCGCAAACGGGAGCCAUGCCAGACAUAUCAGAGCCGAGCAAGCAGCGCGAAAACCCCUAUCACACCUAUUGCAAGCAGUGCGGCGAGAGUUUCGAAACGGAGUUCAAGUUGAGUGUGCACAUGCUGCAGGAUCAUGGCGAUGAUAGAUCCGGUGAGCAGGAUCCCGCAGACUUCCUGGCCUCCAUCAAGGUGAAACUGGAGCGCGCCGAUGUUUCCAGUCCGCAGCAAGAGCAGCAGCAAAUGCAGCCGGACCUCAUGACCAACGGUCAUGGCAAGGAUAUGGAGCGCGAGCAGGAGCACUGGUUCCAGGCCAUGCAGUCGCAGCAUCAUCCGCACGGUCAUGGUCCCCAAAUGCCGCCGGCCUUUCCCUUUCCCCCGGAGGCAGCCUUGGGUCCAGCUGGCUAUCUGCCACUGCUUGGCAUGUCCGGAUUUCCCGGUGUGGAUGGGCUCAAUCGUCCGCCGCUGCGCAUCUUCAAUCCCGAGGCCUACUGCGAACUGUGCAACAAGGAGUUCUGCAACAAGUACUUCCUCAAGACGCACAAGGCCAACAAACAUGGCAUAUUCGAUCCCGUCGGCGAGUCGAGCACUUCGAACACUUCCAGUCACCACAACAAUAACAACAACAAUAUCACCAGUAGCAACAACAACAAUAGUGGUCAUCCCAAUCCCAGCAUGAGUUCCAUGAGUCAAAUGUUCCAGCUGCAGAGGGAGGCAGCUCAGGUGGCCAAACAGGAGUCCACACCAGCAGGUGGUGCAGCAUCCACUCCAGUGGCCUCGGUGCACUGUGACAUCUGUUCCAAGCGAUUCACCAAUAUCUUUGCCAUGCGUCGUCAUCGGGCCAAGCAGCAUGACACUCAGCCAGCCGGUGGUGCCCAGGACUCACCCACUUCGCAGACCGCCCAGCCGUCGCAAUCCCAUCGAGGCAGUCCCAAUGAGCCAUCGCAACUGCAGAUAAAGCAGGAAAUGUCCCAGGAAUCGGAGCCCAAGCCGUAUCAGUUGCCCGAGGGUUUCCGCGAGGACUUCACCCUGGAGCAGGAGGAGCUCAGCUUUGUGCCGCCACCGCGUAAGUUGCCGGUGCAUCUCCAGCAGCAGGCCAAGGAGGCCAACUAUAGUCCCGACAAGCUGCGUCGCCUGGGCGUCCACUUUCCCGACUUCUUCUGCGAGCUGUGCCACCGCGAGUACGCCAAUCGGUACUUCCUGCGCACCCACAAAUGGAAGCGCCACGGUCUGUUCGUGCCGCCCGAGGAGCUGGCACCGCAGCCGGCCGGAGCAGGCAAGGAGGAGGCCCAAUUGCCUAGUGCCUGGCCCUUUAUGCCCCUCAAUUUGAUGCUGGCCAAGGCAGCGGCUGCCAGCAUGGAUCAUCAGCAAGGGGAGGAGCGCGAGGCGCCGGAAGCUGCAGAACUGGAGUCGGAACAGCCCAGCAAGAGGAUCAAACUGGAACAGGAAGCAUCGCCAGCCGAGAGCUACGACGAGGACAAGCUAAAUGGUUCGGUGGUGGGCCUGCAGAAUCUCCAGAAACUGCAGUCCAUGCUGCAGCAAUUGAACGACAUAAAUGGCAAACGUCCACUGCCCUGUCAUCUUUGUGGCCAGGAGCAGGAGAACCAGUACGCCCUGAGGGCCCACCUCAUGACCGAGCACGCUGGCCAGAUGCAACUGCCCAUGCCCAUUCCGAUUCCCCUGCCGGAUCAGCAGGCCGCACAUCCCAUGGUCGGCUUCUACCAUGCCCAGGGCAAUCCGCAGACUCCGCCGGCUCCGGGAGCCAGAUCCCCGCCCGGUGGUGAGCUUCGCUGCCAGCAAUGCGAUCGGGAUUUCGCCACGCCCCAGGAAUUCAAGCAACAUAUCGCCGAGGUGCACAUGGGCAGGAAUGGCGCGUUGGGUGGCAGUCCCCUGCGCGAGGGUUUCUUCACGCCCGAACGCCCAGUGGCGCCGCCAGCGGGCGGAACCGGUGCUCCGGCUGUGCCGUCCGGCAAUCGUUCUGCCUACACGCUCACGCCCACCAGCAGCUACUGCGAGAUCUGCAACAAGGAGCUGUGCAACAAGUACUUCAUGAAGACGCACAUGCAGCGCAUGCACGGCAUCGAGAUCGAGAAUGGCGCCCAAAUCGGCGGAGUGGUGUGCAACAUUUGCAACAAGGAGCUCUGCAGCAAGUACUUCCUGCGGGUGCACAAACACAACACGCACGGCAUCAUCGAGGAGGGAUCCCCGCUGCCGCAGCCCAGGGGUCAGAACGGGGUCAAGAUCGAGGCAGCUGCCGCCGCAGCAGCAGCUGCUGCAGCAUCGCAGCCGGAUCAGCCCAUGAAUGUCUCACCGCCCACAGUGGAGGGCACUUCCGGCACAUCGUCAUCCGGCAGCAAUCACGAGGUGUGUCCACUCUGUGCGCGUCAGUUCCGCAGCUUCAAGUGGCUGCGAUCGCAUCUGAUGAACGAGCACGGAACCGCCGGAGUGGAGCGGCUGAGGGAAUUGGACACCAGCCAAUCCUCGGCGCGCAGCAAGCCCAACAGUCCCACGCUCAAGAUUCCCAACGGCAGUGGCAAUGGUAACCCAACUCCAGCGGGCUCCGGAGCUGGAAAUGCCGCUCCCAAUCUCGCCCAGGCCCUGCAGAACCUCAAUGCCCAGCACCUCUUCGGCCAGAUGCAACAGCAGCAGCAGAUGCCCAAGAUGCCGCCACUUCCGCUGCCGGGCAUGUUCGGCGAACCGGCGUCCAGGUUCAAGGAGUACCAGUGCUCACUGUGCCCCUUCACCACGCCCUACUACGCCUUUCUCUUCAUCCACGAGCGCUCCCACGCCCUGCUCAACAACGGCGGCGAGGCCAUGGAGUUGCCCCUGGAGACGCCGGCACCGCAACCCUCUCGUAAUCCGGCCAAGUCCCGCAGCAAAUCCAGCAAGGCAGUGGCCGCACCUUCUCCCAUCAAGUCCGAAGAACCGGAGCCUCCUCUGGAGCCCACCAACCUCAGCACCUCGGCACCCAAGGUGGCGGCCCAUUCCCAUUCUCCCGGCACAGGCACAGGAUCUCCAGCUCCAGCCAACAACUCCCCCAAGGCAACCAGCUCAGCUUCGCCCAAGAUUCAACGCCGUCGAUCCUCCUCGAAGCCUCCAACCACGCCCAAUGGAUUGGGCAGUGGCAGUGGAAACGGAAGUGGAAACGUAAGCGGAAACGGAAAUGGUGGCCUUCGAUCGGCGGCCACCUCACCCUUCGAGGCCUGCAAUCAGUUGGCCAACGGAAGCGGCAAGCCGGCCAGCUAUGCGCAGCCGGAUCGUGCCGAGGAAGCAUAUCAGAUGCAGGCCUUCCACCUGCAGCCCGCCGACGCCGACUCGGAGAUGCAGUUCGCCCCCGCCCUGGUCUACUUGCCCGUGCGGGUCCGGGCCUCGGAGUCGGCCACGCUCAGCUUCCGGCUAACACCAGCCUAGACAGGUGCCACAUGCAGCAGGUGAAGUGUGUUGCCAGCGUAAGUUCAAGCCAUAGAAACCAAAGCAACAAGGUUGGUGGUUUGGAACACUCUUUGAGCCUUUCGCAAUUGAAAUGUUUUUAUAGUGUUAAGUGCAAGAGUGUCCCAUACUUCGAACUAGCAAUCCUACCCCCCACACUAAAUAGUUAAGCAAACGAAGUUAGGAACAUGAACAAGACAAAAUAGUGGAACUACAAAAGACUGAGUGCGCAUAUUAGUUGAGCUCAUAAUUAAACUUAAAUAUACAAGAACCAUAAUAACGAUAACGACAACAACAAUCGAUCAAUAUCUAAUCCAAAUCCCCAAAAAGUUAACCAUGUCCAACAUGGCACUAAUCAGAUCUAUAGCCUAUAACACAACAAGAACAAGUCCGUUUCAGCUGGCAACACUCGGCUAACCAUCAAAAUAAGAUCUAUAUAUUUUGAUAGAGGCAUGACAAAGCAUAAAGCAUAACAUACAGCAACCUAUAACAUUUAUCUCUAGUGAUUAACUAUCAAAGUUCCUAUGCGUAAUAGUAAUUUAUCGUAAACGAGUUGGCAGAAAAAAAAAGAAGGAGAAAGGAGGGUGAGAAGAAUCCAAAUACGUACAUAGUGUAGGCGAAGGGGAGGCAAAAAGUUGGAAGAAUUAUAAUAUAUAUAUACCAAUUAGAAGGAAUAUAUAUCGUAGUAGCAGCAGCAUAAAAUCAAAAUUAUAAUUAUACAUUUCUCAUCUAGAUAUGGUCGUGCUUAGGUUAUAUGAACAAUGAUAUGCAAAAAGCUUCAGCACAAACAAAUUGCUCAAAAUCAAAAUCUUUUUAGCGAAGAUUACACUUUUAGGAUGUUCUGAACGAUGGCCCCUGGAAAUCUACACUUCCUUUGAUUAUCGUCCUCUAUAGAAAUCACUCUUAACCGUAUCUGAACCAAGUUAUAUCCAAGGAAAUGUCUUCACUAAAACACAAUUCCAGCGCACAACGUGUACAUAAAAAGUUGUUAAAGUUGACACUAUGAGAAGUUCAGAUUUUCGAUGGGGAGGAGGGGUCAAAUGAGGAGAAAACUAGCGCCAGAAGGUAAACAUUAAGAACAUUUAAACGACUCAGGGCAAAAGUACAAUGACCAUUAGUACUUUUUUAUACAAACAUAUUUAAAGAAACCAAACAAGCAUACGCAAGUAAAAUAUUACCAUAAUAAUAAAUUAAAUAUAUUAUGAAACGUUAAAAAAGAUAACAAAAAUGCUACCUCAGACGGACUUGAAAACAAUAAUUAAAAUAAAAUGAAUUUAUAACGAAAUUCUACGAAACCGUAUAAACCUAAAAUUGCAGCAAAAGCAACCCUUAAAGUUAAAAAACAUUUUUGUAGUAACUUUACCUCAAAACAGAAUUACAUUUUAUGGUUUAUUCAAAAUUCGUAUAUAUAUCCUAUUAUUAUUUAAUUAACCACUCUUAGUUUGAACAUUCCAAAGACCAGAACUAGUCUCAUAAACAACAAACAAAACAUUCUAGUCAAACAUAUAAUACUAAACAUAAAUUAAAAUAUUAUACCGAAGCCAAACAGAGUCGUCAACUCUUCAGAUUUGGCUGACGAAUUUCGCAGAUUAUUUUGUAGUGUUUAAGGAAUUUGUUCUUCUGCGAGAAGAGUGGCCCAAGAUGAGUUGAUGGCUCACAGAUUAAAAUGGAUCGGCGAAGACUAUUUGCUAUAUUCGAAAUUUCCUUUUUUUAAAAACGUGUGUUUUUUAAAAUGCUGCGUGCCUUUUAGCAAAUAUUUCGUCGAGUCCACAACAGCAACAAUUUGAACUUCAAAAUCGAAAUUAAAUUUUUAUAUAUAGCUACAAAUAUAGAUCGUAAUUUUAUUUUAUAUUCACCAUAUUCCUUAGUUCUUAUAUCUUACUUUAAAUAUGUAAUAUGUAUUAAAUAAAUGUCAUGCAAUUUGUAUUUGUUAAACUUGAGUUUCUUUUAUUAUUUUGAUGUUGAUUUCCGAUAUCCCAAUUACAAGCCACCGCAUGCUAUAUUUUUUUACCAGUGGAUUGAAGUGUGCCAGACUCGAGUCCAAGGUCUUAAAAAAUCAGUAUCUUGAACUUAUUGACUGUGAAGUUGUCGCCGAUAGGGGAAGACCUUUUUCUUUGUUUUGGUUUUUUGAAAAACGUUCCCAUAGGGGACCUUCAUUUUUCGGGGUGUUAUAUGCUGGUCCAACGCCUUGGCCGCUUCAAUUAUUAAAUUGCCAUUUGAUUCAAUUUGUCAACAAUAGCUUGAGAGCAUAUCUGCGACUUGUUUAAUCAUUUUAAAAAACUCACAAGCAGCUGGUUUUCUUUUUUUUCCUCUCUUAAAUACAACCAGAAACAGCACCCUCAUAAAAAGAAAAAAAAAUACAUAAUAAGUGAAACUGUUUCCGGUUUUGGGUCAGGCCUUGACCAACCCUCUGAUUAGUAUGUUUGCAUUAAAAAAUACAUCUGUAUGAAUGGCUAUACUCCGCUGGAGAAAAAAAAAACAGAGAAACUACGAUAACAAAAACCCAGCAUGGGGAUGUGAGGGUCAAGUUGGAGGGUCAGGUCAGCAGCUGCAGUUGUUUGAAGUUCUAAAAAAAAGUUCCUAAGCCGGAAUCAGAAUCGAUAUUGCCAUGGCUAUUGAUUAAAUGCAGCCACCCUCUGAGUUCGGAAUCUCGCCCGUUUUGGCAGUUAAUUAUUUGUCACGUGUCCAUGCAAAUUUCAUCUCAUUGAUUACGGCCAGAUAUUCGAUACUUUUCCGGCUGCCGGCGCAGCAAUUAAAGAUUGACUUGAGCAACAACCCCCAGGUUGACCAAGGGAUGGUAGGCAAAUUCAUAAAUAUUACUCCCGAGUUUUCCCGAAUUUUCCUGAAUUUUUUUCUAUUGAAUUUUUAUGGCAAUUUAGGAAAAUCCGCUGCCAGCAAUUUUUAAGGGCGCAAUCAAUUGACCAAAUGGUGUGCUACCCCAUGGUGCAUUUGCAUCGAUUUAAGGGUGUUCCCCGCUAUUUGCAUGUUUAAAAGUGAACUGGAAAAAUUGCAACUUAUAUAAAAAUAAAAUGAAAAGAAAAUAUUGCAAUUGCCAAGGGUGAUUUGGCAGCAACCCCAUGCAAAUUCUUUAUUUCCUUAUGGGCUCGGGUUUUUGGCAAUGGUUUAACAUUAUUUUUAUUUCCUUACAUUUUGGCAUGACUGCAACCCCCCUCUCAGAAGAGCGCACAAAUCAAAAAUGAUGAAAACAUGUUUUUUAAAUCUAAUGCUAAAUAAAUUUUACAACACAAAACCCAAAAACAACUUGCAAAGUACCUUGAGCAUAAAUCAAAAUUUUGUAUGACCUUCGGUAGGGUCUAUAUGCAAAAACCACAAGAAAAUCAAAGAUACAAUUUUACUAGCGCUAAGCAAAAAAAAAAACAAAUGAUUACACUCUUAAUAAAUAUUUUAGUUGUAGGCUUAAGUCAGAGCAACAAAAUGCAUAAAGAAAUUAUUAAUUUAAUUGAUGUUGAAGAUGGAAAAUGAGGAGAAAAAGAAGAGAAAAGCAACACAAAAGACGUGAGAGCGCAAAUCAAAAGCCACGAGCAAAAAAUCAAAACAAAAUUAAAUUUAAAUUUAAUAUAAAACAAAAAUCCAACAAAUUAACAUUUAUUUAGCAAUUGGCAAAUGUAUGAGAUAUAUACACUUAUAUAUCGGUAUAUAUAUAUAUUACAUAUACUUAAACAAUUUUACUUUGUUAUUAUGUAAAACUAUGUGUGAGAAAAAUCAAAAGAAACCAAGGAAAACUUGGACAAAAUUAUUAUAUGUAAAAUGUGAAAGAGCAAAGAAUCAAAAACGGUCGAAGAACCAACAUUUUUCAUUUCAUUGUAAGU